UCAAAUCUCAAAGCAAAUAACACAAAGAAAUAAACUUCUGAUAACUAAUCCUCUCAGACAACAAUCUUCAGAGUUUCAUCUCUAAAAUGGCGUCACCAAAGUCUCCAACCAGACCGACCCAACAAAACCCAGAACCCAGUUUCCACGAUUUCCUUCCAGCCAUGGCCGGGAAGCUAGGAGGCGAGGGUCUGAUCGGAGAGCUCUGCAACGGAUUCGAGCUGUUGAUGGACCGAGAGAAAGGUGUCAUCACGUUCGAGAGCCUCCGGCGUAGCGCGGCGGCGGUGCUGGGUCUCGGAGAUCUGACGGACGAAGACGUAAGGUCUAUGAUCAAGGAAGGAGAUUUCGACUGCGACGGGGCGUUGAACCAGAUGGAGUUCUGCGUGUUGAUGUUCAGGCUUAGUCCCGACUUGAUGGAUGCGUCGAGGUGCCUGGUCACGGAAGCCAUCGAGGAGGAAUACGGCCGGUAUUGACACCGGAGAGAAAUGAGACACUCUGGAUGACACCGAGGGUUUCUCCUCUCCCUUAGAUUUUUUUUUAACUGAUUCGUUUGUUUCAAUUUUACAUUUAUUUUUUACUCAUGUUACCAUCAUUCAUAAAAUUCUUGGAAUUAUACGUAUAAAUUGAAAAAAAAAAACUUGAAAAAAUAGGAAGUUGCAGCUUAUUUUUCGUAUA